CGAAAACUCGAAAAAAUCGUCGAUGUGACGCACCAAUCGUCUCACAACACUUUGACCUUCCAGUGCUCAGAAACCCCCAUCCAUGGACGAUACCACGGGGACGUUGUCGACAGCUUGAGCGUGGUAGAAAAGAAAUGCUAGGCAUUGUCGCGCACAUGUAAUUUUUUUUCUUAACGAGGUUGACUGACAAGCCUCUCAAGUCUUCAGUCUUUUAUACUUUUACUCAUAUUGUACUCCGAACCAGAUAAACGCAGUGCAAAACCAAUUAAGUGGUGAACUGGCAGUAAAUACAGCAUUCUAAAUUAUCAUUUAUAAUUCCUGUGUGAAAUUUCAUUACAAAUGUGUAGUCAAGCAGAAGAUUGUUCUUGUGCUUUAAAUUCAACAACUGAGAAGAAGAAGAAGAAAGAAAGAAUUUCACAUUGUAUAAAAUGUCAUUCACCACCUGCGAUAUUAAUCAGAAAAGAUGAUCCAGCUUUAUGCAAAUUAUGUUUCAUUAAUAAUUGUCUGCAUAAAAUAAAUACAGUCUUUGGAAAAUAUAAACUAUCUUCCAAGACUAGUAAUAAUAUAGCUGUUGGUUUUUCCGGCGGUCAACAUUCAUCUGCAUUAUUACAGAUGAUAUUAAAGAAUAAUAACAAUAUUCAUGAUGGACAAACUAAACGAAAUAAAAUCAUUUUACCAAAAAUAUUUCAUUUAAUUGAGCCAAAUGAUUCACAAACGAAUUUAGAAUUAAUUACAAAAUCAAUGAAAGCUACUGGUUUUGAAUAUCAUAUGAUUUCUAGGGAUGAGAUUUCACAAAAUGAUAAGCAUGAAAAUAAACUAACAUCUUCAUUACUCAGUAGUAAACAACGAUUUGAUAAUUAUUCUCGUUUAAAUUUACUAAUUAAUUGUGCAAAAAAUCUUGAUUGUGCUUAUUUAAUUUUGGGUGAAUGUGGUAAUCGGAUCGCUGUGAAAUAUUUAUUAGAUAUUAUAGAAGGUCGUGGAAAUCAGAGCAGUAUACAAACGUCAUUCUUAGAUGAACGAUAUCAAGAUGUCACCAUUAUUAGACCAUUACGUGAUUUUCUAACAAAAGAAUUAAUUUUAUUCGCUCAUUUUAUGCAUUUGGAAUCAAUUACACCGAAUGAUCCAUUCACAUCGAUUAUUCUUAAAAAUCCUAAUAUCAAUACAUUGGAAAGACUAACUCAAGAUUUCUUAGCCUCAUUACAAACUGGUGGAUUUCCAUCCACAACUGGAACUAUUCUUAGAACAUCUUCAAAAAUUGUUCUGGAAAAUGACUCUCAAGUUUCGUGUAGUUUCUGUCAUUUUCCUGUAUGCAAUACAGACUCUUCUAAUGAUCCAGACAAAUUGGCCACAGAAUCGAUGAAAUAUUCUUCCUCCUUAUCGAACCCUAAUUCUUUUGAUGAGAAAACCGACCCUGAAAGUAUCGAAAAAGUCUUAUGUCCUCCUUGUUCAUUAAUGUUCAAAGAACUGUCUAUUUGUACAUAAAGACAUUUUCCAUACUUUUUCCCAAGCUUCAGUUUUGCUACUUUGUAUUUCAAACAAUACAGUUCUACUAGAUAAAAACUGGUAGCACCGAUAAUUAUUAAAUCUACCAGACCAUUGUUUACUAUAUGUCAAACCUGGUAAAUAAUGUCCAAGGACUGGUUCUUAUCGUUAUCCACCACGACAAUUUCAAUUAAAUCUUGAGAGCUUCAUAUUGAAAUCAGGUUGAAGAAAAGUUCACUACCUUCAACACACAUUAAGCAGUUGUCAAAAGCCAUUUUUUAUCCAUCGGAAAUAAAUCUUAGUUCAAU